AUGGAUUUCGACGAAGAGCCGCAGGCAAAAGUCGACAGUGAGAGAAUCUCGCUGUCACCGCAGACCAAUUAUGGCGUUUUUCGGCAAUCGAUUCCAAUCAUGUCGUAUUCUAUGGCAGCGCUUUGCUUCUUCUUGAACCUUGUCAUCCCGGGAACUGGAACAAUGCUUGCUGGAGUGUCUGUGACGUGUUGUGCUGAUGCCCGAGGUGGAACUGUUGCGCAAUGCAUGUGUCGAAAUCUGCUAGCUGGAUUUUUACAGCUCAUCCUCACGCCAAUCGUCAUCGGCUGGAUAUGGUCGGCAAUUUGGGGUGUGAUGUUCGUCCAGAUCGCGCGUAAGUGGUUCAUUUCGGACCUCGAUAAUCGUGCCGACUGCCUUGAUUGUUGUCCGUGUAGUCGCUGGUGA